UCGUCUCCUCACUCUGCUAGCCACUUCGGCACUUCCUACUGCACACACACACACUCUUUCUCUCUCCUCCGUUGUUCUCUCUUUCGUUAGAAUUCCCCACUGGUUCCAUCCAUUUCUGAACUACCCUCUUUCUCUCUCUAAAACAGCCCAAAAUGUCAUCCGAAUUUUAUUAUCUCUGCAUUCCUCAAACAGGUUAUUCCUCCUCAGUACUCAGUUUCGAGCUGUUUCUCUGUGUUCUCCUCUUUGUUGCUUCGUUUGCUUUCUGGUUAUCACCUGGUGGACUCGCUUGGGCUCUCUCCAAGGUUGGAAUCAGAGGCCAGCCUAAAACAUCCAUUCCAGGACCCUCUGGUCUUCCUCUUCUAGGUCUGGUCUUCGCUUUCACUGGCUCAUUGACUCACAGAGUCCUCGCAAAGCUCGCUCAGAGUUUUAAGGCCGUGCCGUUAAUGGCGUUCUCGAUUGGGUUCACCCGUUUCAUCAUUUCAAGCGAACCCGAGACCGCCAGAGACAUUCUCUACAGCUCGGCUUUCGCCGAUCGACCCAUUAAAGAGUCUGCCUACGAGCUUCUCUUCCACAGAGCAAUGGGUUUCGCUCCAUAUGGUGUGUAUUGGAGGAAUUUGAGGAGAAUUUCUGCGACCCAUAUGUUCAGUCCCAAGAGAAUCGGCUGUUUUGGGGAGUUUCGGCAAACGAUUGGGAUCAAAAUGGUUGGUGAAAUCAUGGAUUUGAUGGAGAGAAAUGGAGAGAUUGAUGUAAAGAGAGUUUUGCAUUUUGGGUCUCUGAACAAUGUGAUGAUGAGUGUGUUUGGAAGGUGUUACGAGUUUGGUGGUGUUGGGGAUGGGUGUGAACUGGAGGGUUUAGUGAGCGAAGGGUAUGAAUUGCUUGGUAUUUUCAACUGGAGUGACCAUUUUCCUAUUCUGGGCUGGUUGGAUUUGCAGGGAGUGAGAAAGAGAUGCAAAGAUUUGGUUGCUAAGGUGAAUGUUUUUGUUGGGAAGAUCAUAGAAGAGCAUAGGAUGAAGAGGGUUGAAAAUGGUUGUGGUGUUGAUGAGAGCUCUGCUGAUUUUGUUGAUGUCUUGCUUGAUUUAGAAAUGGAGAACAUACUCAAUGACUCUGACAUGGUUGCAGUUCUUUGGGAAAUGAUCUUUAGGGGGACUGAUACAGUGGUAAUACUCCUAGAGUGGAUACUUGCAAGAAUGGUUUUACAUCCUGGAAUCCAAGCCAAAGCCCAAUCUGAAAUUGACACUGUGGUUGGAACCUCCCGACCAGUAUCCGAUUCCGACCUACCUCACCUUCCCUAUCUCAGUGCCAUAGUGAAGGAAACACUGCGAAUGCACCCACCAGGACCAUUACUGUCCUGGGCUCGGCUCGCCAUCCACGACACCCAUGUCGGCCAGCACUUCAUUCCGGCUGGCACCACUGCUAUGGUAAACAUGUGGGCCAUUACUCACGACGAGCAGGUGUGGUCGGAGCCAAAUGAGUUCAAACCAGAGAGGUUCAUGGAGGAGGAGGUUCCCAUUAUGGGGUCUGAUCUCAGGUUGGCUCCUUUCGGCGCUGGGAGGAGGGUCUGUCCCGGUAAAGCCAUGGGGCUAGCAACUGUUCAGCUUUGGUUAGCCCAGUUGCUUCAGAACUUGAAAUGGGUUGCUUCUGAUAAUGGUGUGGACUUGUCUGAGAGCCUCAAACUCUCCAUGGAGAUGAAGCACCCCUUGGUUUGCAAAGCUGUUGCUAGGGUUCCUGGAAUGUUUGAAUAGUGGGGUUUCUGCGUUUUGGAAAUUUUACAUGGGGUGGUCACAUAUGCUAUCUAUUGAACUAUUUGCUGUUUUAGGUUGUCGAAGUAGUGGUGAUAUUGGCGACAAAGUCUUUGGUGAUUUUGUUUAAUGAACUGGUUUGGUUUUGGUCUGAAUGGAGGAUUAAGAUUAUGUUUUUGCACAGAUAUGGAAGUUUUAUGCAUUGUACACCUUUUGUUUUCCUUAUAUAAAUAAAGCAAUAGCAGUUUGUAUGCU